AGGCUCCGCGCUGGAGUGUCAUCAUCGUGUCGUCGCCGCGUAUCUUGAACGGGGUUCUUCGACCUCCGCAAACGGCCCUCAACACCCGAGUUGCGCUUCGAACGUAGCCGUUCACGAGUCCCAACCUCCUUAUCCCCGGCCGUCGGCGCAACCGCAUCCGCAUCCGCAACCCAAUGGCGCCGGCGAUACCCGCGGCCGAACUGCGACUUUCAUACCCCCUGUACGCCCUCGAUUUUGACCCGCAAGAUGCGACCCGUCUUAUAGUCGGCGGCGGCGGCGGAGCUGCGAGGAGUGGGGUGGGAAACAAGGUCAGCGUGCUCGAUGCCGCUCGUGAGGACGCGCUGCAGCUCGUCUCCGAGCUCGAGCUCAGCCCCGACGAGGACAGUGUCAACACGCUCGCUGUUGGCGCCCGCCGGGGGAAUUCGCUUUUGUUCUACGCGGGCAUCAACUCGGCCGAGGCCGAUUUGCAGAAGGGCAAAAACGAGCACUUCAGGGUGUUUAAGGCCGACCUGCCCCGCAAGGCCAGCGCCGAGCCCAAGAUCAGCGAACUCUCGCGAACUGCCCUCUUCUCCACCACAGACGCCGAGGCAUACCAAAGGUUGUUAAGGAUAUCAGGCAAAGUUGGGGCCGCUGCAACUGGUACAAUAGGGCGCUCCAAGGAUGCGCAAAUUGCCAUCUUUGACCUUCCCUCGGCCAGCAGCGGCAGCUCCACUCCCAGACUCAGGGGCAAGCUAGAGCUCUCGAAGGAGGCCAUGGAUAUGGACAUGAUACAGAUCUCCGACGAUGAGCACCAGCUGGUGUAUUGUGACGGCUACGAUAUCUACACUUUGAUCAUCGGAAAGGCCAGUGUCAACGGCCCCCACUGCGUCUUCACCAUGCCGGAUGACGAGUCCAGCGGAGCCACUGCCCGCCCGUCGCUCCGAUCUAUACGCUUCCUCACUCCGACGUUCGUGCUGGCCGUUGCAAAUCUGCCCCAGGCACGUGGAGCCGUGCUCCAAGGCUUCCGUCUUCCCAAGCCAUCCGAUCUAGGCAAAGAGGAGAGGGAAGGAAAAGCCCGGCUUGCCGUCACAGCGCGCGUCCCCAAGCACGUCGCGCGCGCCACGGGCCUAGCGGUCCGCAACCUCUCGCCGCCACUCACACCUUCAACAAAACAAGGCGACACACAAUUCGUCAUCGCCGUGACCGGUCAAGACAGCUCCAUCACCCUCUACACGCUCGAGCAUCAAACCGUGGGCGAAAUCAGUCUGAUCGCCAACCUCCACCCCGUCACCACGCUAAAGGAGGCUCACCUCGGCCCCAUUUCAGGACUCGCAUUUUCGCACUUCACCCCGCCGCCGGAGCCCUCAGCCUCCGCUUCAGAAAAGGACCCGAAAAAGCCUUCCCCACACCUCAAACUCGCCUCCAUCGGCUCCAUGGCCAACACCUGCGUCGUCCACACCCUCCCUCUCAAACAGCUGCCCACCACCACCAAACCGAAACCGGGUCCCCAACGCAGCGCCCCUCGCGCCGCGCGGUACGUCCUGGCGCUCAAAAGCCGGCCACCCUCCGGGACGAAGCUGUUCGUCGGCGCGGCCCUCGUCUUCGCCCUCCUCGCCCUGCUGCUGCAGGGCAUCCUCGAGGUGAAGGGCCUCUCCAAGCCCUACCUCGGCGCGCGGUCCGUCACGCCCGUGCGCUGGCACAGCCCCGGGCUGUACUACGCGCUGUCGGAGUCGGCGCCGCCCGUGACGCCCCUGCCGUCCGGGUUCUUCGAAAAGUACCGAGAUCUAGGCGAGGCGGGCGGGCUGCCGGAGCGCAAGGUGCCCGUGCUCCUGCACCGGCCUGCGGCGGCUGGCCGGGAGGGCGAGGUGGAGGGGGAGGGGGAGGGGGAGGGGGAAAUCGAGGUCGUUGAGAACCAUGACGAGGAACGGCAUGGGCCGGCGAGGGAGUGGGAGGCGCUGCACCCCGCGCAGAAGGAAGCGUGGAAGGAGAAGCUGAAGAGGGCUGGGCAGUGGGGCGAGGAGAUGGGCGAGGCCGUCUUUAAGGGCAUUUUGUUUGGGGAGAUCGCCGGCGUUGUGGGGGCUAUGGUUGCGUAAGGGCUAUAAUGUGAGAUGAAUAUGUGAUGUGUGAAGAAGAAGUAACGACUUGCAGUAUUGAGCAUUCGGAGGAUUUGGGAGAGUUCAGAGCAAGUGGUGAGUUACCUGUAUGAUAACUGCUGUGUUCCAGUUAUGUGGCAAGAGUUUGUCUGCCAGGUAGCUGGCGUACUGGGCAACCAGUGUUUGUUUACCUCUUUUUCCCCGUCCCGGCUUAAAGGGGGUGU